UGAAGGGAGGCCCCGCCUCGGUCUCCAUGGUGACACAGAAGGCGGGAGAUUUGCCCGGCCGGUCAGUCGUACGAUGUGGGAGUCGUACCGUGCGGUGGGGUCCGGUUUGGGCCGGGAGGAGAACUUUCUGUCCCUGGAAGAUGUUCUCAUGUCUCAGGAGAAGCUGCCGUGCCGGCUGGAGAGCGGCCUGGCCCGCCUGGGCUUCCUGGACAAAGGAGGGGACACGGAGAACAUCCCUGAGGGCAGUAAGAUGGAGCUCCCACUGUGGCUGGUGAAGGGGCUGUAUGAUAACAAGCGACGAAUCAUCUCUGUGGAACUGCCGAAGAUCUACCGAGAAGGCUGGCGCACGGUGUUCAGUGCUGACGCCAAUGUGGUGGACCUCCACAAGAUGGCGCCACAUUACUACAGCUUUGGCUCACAGCUCCUCAACUUUGAUAGUCCGGAGAACACAGAGAUCGCACAGACCCUGCUACAGACUUUCAUCGGGCGCUUCCGCCGCAUCAUGGACUCCUCCCAGAACGCCUACAAUGAGGACACCUCCGGCCUGGUGGCCAGACUGGAUGAACUAGAGCGCUUGUUGUUUCGGGCUGGACAGGGGGGACUCAAUGCUUUUCAGAACUGGGAAAGGGGGCAGGCGUCUCAGAUCAGGGCCUCCAGCCUGGUGCAGAGUUACAAGAAGAGAAAGUUCCAUGAGACAGAUACAUGACGCCUCUCCUGAGCCUGCACUGCCUAUUCAUCAUUAAUGUCUUAUAUGAGCGAUGGACAAGAUUCUCUGAGUGAAUCAAUUUAAAUGCAAAGCCAAUUGCUGCAAGGGUUUCUGAUCUGCGUCUUUACAUUUCCUAAUUGUACAUAAAUAAAAUAUGAACACUGAGCAGGA